AUGUUACUGAUACUAUCUGUUAGUUUGGGAAAUUUGUUUAAUGAUAAUAAGACUAUUGUUGUUAGAGCGGGAUCAGCUGCAUAUCCACAUUACUUACGCAGGAACUCACAGGGAUGUUCACCGGAUGAUAUUAUGUCACAUUGUUUACAAUCAAAUGAUCGUUAUGAUGAAUGCACACGGGAAUUAUGCAGUCGUUGCAUUCUUCAAGCAUCCAUACUAAAUCCGUUUGCUGAAUACUGCUACUGGAUGAUGUCUUGCCUUUGUACAGUAACCAGUUGUCAGGAUUUGUCACAAACUGAGUGUUAUUGA